AUGAGCAUUCUACACAAGACGCGGUCGUCUGCGGAUCACCAGGAGGCAGCGAAUCAGUUUGAUGUAAACGACGAUGUCAUUCUGACAUCGAAUGAUGGCGCAGACGACACCAUCACCAUUAUGGUUCAUCUGCGAGACAAGAUUAUUCCCAUUCACUGUGGUUUCGGUACACAACAGGUCAUUUGGCUUGGUUACGUAGCCAUUGCUCGCUAUGUUGAGGAUGCUGAUGGUAUUGAAGGUGGUAGUCAAGGAUGGCUACAUUUAGGAAAUCCAGCAAAAAUCAUGCGGGAUGGCAAGCAGGAGCUUACAUUUACAGAUAUAAUUUGUGACGUGCUACAUGAUCGAAAUCAUGUGUAUGUUUCCACGUCGUUAGGAUAA